UCCCUGUUAAAAGUAAUUAUUUAGGUAGGCAAAUAUAUUACGGUAUUUACACUUAGAUCCAAUUAGGGUUUAAGGAGAACAAAUAUAGUCCAAUUCAAGAAUCUCACCAUUUUUAUUAUAUAAAAGCUCGAAGCUUUUUGCAGUAAAUCCAUAACCCAGAAGAAGAUAAAGAAGAAGACAAGUAUAGAGAAAUCGUCUCCUGCAGUUUUUUCUCUAAUUCAAUGGAUUUAGAGGAUAGCGUUUUAAAUUUCUCUGAUGAAGACGAGAGCUUCGAGGAUGAUGAAGAUGUUAAAAUGAAUGAUAUUGAGGAAGGAGAACUGGUUGAGAAGAUUUCCAAGACUGGAUUAGAGGAAACUGGUGGUGCAUCUGCCAGCUCCAUAAAUCCUCCUUCAGGCAAAAAAUGUCGGAGACGCAGGAAGAAGAACAAGGGGAAGAACAAACAUAAGGGAGGUUCUUCAGGUCCAAAGGUCACAGACAUUAACAGAUUUGUUUUGGAUGUCGGUAAGCGCUUGAAAGAGAGGAAAUCUUAUCUCAUAUGGACUGCGGUUGGUUGUCUUGGCGUAUCUGCUUUGAGUGAUCUUGUGAAAGAGGUGGACGCAAUUCAGAAUUGUGGUGGCCAGAAGACUGCUGAUGGCAGGCGUUACCGGACAGGUGGUGGAAUAUUGUGGAGCAUCCUUAAAGUACGAGAUCCAAAUGCAUACAAAGAGAUAAUGACGAAAGGGAAGGAGUUUGAGAAGCAAUUUAAGCAGGCUAAGUUCAAGCAAGGACCGAUCCAAAACAAAGAAGCUUCUUUGGAGGGAUCUAUUCAGUCUAUGGGAGACAACGUUACAGCUAGUUCUUCAGAUGUAUUGCUGCAGCAAGAUCCUGUUGAACAGUCAAAUAGUGGAGCCAAACGUGCACCUGUUCAUGAUAGAAUAAGGAUGCCUGUCACGUAUGAUGAUCUCUUUGAUGAAGGGAAGGAUUCAAAGGUGCCAUUAGCUUUAAUGCCUUCGGAGAAAAGCUCAUAUGAUGUGGUGGAGUGAGGCGAUCCUAAGGAUAUAUCAAGUUGCUGUUACAAAUUACGAUCAGCUAAGACUAGGGGAUUUGAGAAAUGAAUCAACUUGAUUUUUUGAUAUAGCCUCGUAUUACAGCUCGUCAAGUUGAAUUUUACUUGUGAACUUCUAGAUACCAUGGGUACUCUCUUCCCUUUCAAUUUGUUCAUCAUCUUAUUCUUAGUAAAUACGUAUGUUCGCAGUGGCCGUAAGUUUUUCCAGAUCUAAUGAAAAUUUUGCAAUUUUCCGGGAGAGGAAAUGCAAUCAUAUUGCUUGCUAGCUACUAUA